AUGACUGAAAGUGUGGAGGAGCUGACUGAAACCCCAGAAACAACACAGGAUUCUGCCCAGGAGGAUUCUGCUCAGGAAGAUUCUGCCCUGGAGGAUUCUGCCCUGGAGAAUUCUGACGAGCAGGAGUCUGCUCAGGAAGAUCAUGCCCAGGAGGAUGCUGCUCUGGAGGAUCCUGCCCAGGAGGGUCCUGCCCAGGAGGGUCCUGCCCAGGAAGAUCCUGCUCAAGAGGACUCUGACCAGGAGGAUUCUGCUCAGGAGGACUCUGACCAGGAGCCAGAAGAUGCAGAGCAUUCCCUGGAAUCAGAGGGGCUGUCAUCCACUCCUGGGGUGUCUCAGAGGCUGCUGAGGAUGAGGGGACUGAGCUGGUUCUCAGAGAUGGAGCACCCCAAGCUGGGAAUGCAGGAGGUGUUUGAUGUGCGGCCGCUGUGGGGUGAGCUGCAGCCAGGAGAGAGCGAGCAGGUCACCUUCACCUUCUUUGGGCACGCCAACGUGGUGGCGCGUGUCCGGGCGCUGUGCCACGUGCAGGGAGGCCCCAGCUACGAGGUGGUGCUGACCGGGGAGGCCUCGUGCCCCAGCUACCAGCUGGACCUGCAGGAGAUUGACUGGGGGCUGCAGAGGUUUAACAAAGUCCUCAAAGCAGAGGUGACCCUGCGGAACACCGGGCUCAUGGAAUUCGCCUUCGUGGUGCCAAACUGCAGAACUGGCACUGCAGCAAAGCCUCUGCCUGGAGUGCCCGUGGUCAUGCCCACCACAGGUUCCCUUGCACCUGGCCAGAAGCAAGUGUUGAAGGUCUAUUAUCUGCCAGGAAAGCUGGGAGCCUUCCACAAGACUUUCCAGGUCCAAGUGGCUCAUCUGGAACCGGCAGAAAUCGCCCUGAAGGGAAAGGGGACCUUCCCUGGGGUUACCAAGUACCGGCCCAGGAAGCUGAAAGAAGAGGAGAUACUGCAAGAGGAAGGAAAAAACCCAGAGGAAGAAGAAAAGGAAAAGGAUGAAUCAUCUGUGACCAUCUGUGGUGAUGGAGUCACUGAUGCAGUCAUUGAUGCAGUCACUGAUGGGUCACUGAUUGUCACACCUGAACAACAGGCUAGUGUCCAACAUCUCCCCAGGCCCCUUCAGCUGAGGGACUCCCCCAGCAGCACCCUGGGUCUGGUGGAACAGGUGGGAGGGUUAUUCCCACUUGGGAAAUCGGAGGAGUAGCAGCUGUGCUCCCUCCCAAAGCUGCCUUUGCUUGUGGCCAGCCCAUCCUCCAUACUUGGAGCUCUCAGAUAGGUACUGCCACUAUCAGAUUGCA